AUUCUGAAAACCGCUUCCGUUGCUCAGCGGAAGUGUGGGUCGCCAGAGGACGACUCUUGGAAGAAUCCGCUCUCCGGCGUGUGUGCACAGCCGGAAUCAUGUCGAGUUUGGCGGUGAGAGACCCGGCAAUGGAUCGAUCACUGCGUUCCGUGUUCGUGGGGAACAUUCCGUAUGAGGCAACUGAGGAGCAGUUAAAGGACAUUUUCUCCGAGGUUGGUUCUGUUGUGAGUUUCCGGCUGGUAUACGAUAGAGAGACGGGAAAACCUAAGGGUUAUGGCUUCUGUGAAUACCAAGACCAGGAGACCGCGCUUAGUGCCAUGCGGAACCUUAAUGGGCGGGAGUUCAGCGGGAGAGCGCUUCGGGUGGACAAUGCUGCCAGCGAAAAGAACAAGGAGGAGUUAAAGAGCUUGGGGCCUGCAGCCCCCAUCAUUGACUCUCCCUAUGGAGACCCCAUCGAUCCAGAAGACGCCCCCGAAUCAAUUACCAGGGCAGUCGCUAGUCUCCCCCCGGAGCAGAUGUUUGAGCUGAUGAAGCAGAUGAAGCUUUGUGUCCAAAACAGUCACCAGGAAGCUCGAAAUAUGUUACUUCAGAACCCUCAGCUGGCUUAUGCGCUGUUGCAGGCACAAGUAGUGAUGAGAAUCAUGGAUCCAGAGAUUGCUCUGAAAAUUUUGCAUCGCAAAAUACAUGUCACACCACUCAUCCCAGGCAAAUCUCAACCUGUCUCUGGCCCUGGCCCGGGCCCUGGCCCUGGCCCUGGCCCUGGACUCUGCCCAGGACCUAAUGUUCUGCUGAACCAGCAGAAUCCUCCAGCCCCUCAGCCUCAGCAUUUGGCCAGAAGACCUGUGAAAGACAUCCCUCCUCUGAUGCAGACCCCUAUCCAGGGUGGAAUUCCAGCCCCAGGGCCAAUUCCAGCUGCAGUUCCUGGUCCUGGCCCUGGUUCCUUAACUCCUGGCGGAGCCAUGCAGCCCCAAGUUGGAAUGCCAGGGGUUGGUCCAGUGCCCUUAGAGCGAGGGCAGAUGCAGAUUUCGGAUCCUAGAGCUCCUAUGCCUCGUGGACCCAUGGCUCCUGGUGGCCUACCUCCUCGAGGACUGUUAGGAGAUGCUCCAAAUGACCCGCGUGGAGGGACUUUGCUUUCAGUCACUGGAGAAGUAGAGCCCAGAGGCUACCUUGGGCCACCUCAUCAGGGUCCUCCAAUGCACCAUGCCUCUGGUCAUGACAGCCGUGGCCCUUCCUCACAUGAAAUGAGGGGAGGGCCAUUAGCAGAUCCCAGACUGCUCAUUGGAGAGCCCAGAGGACCCAUGAUAGAUCAAAGGGGUCUUCCUAUGGAUGGUAGAGGUAGUAGAGAUUCUCGAGGAAUGGAGGCUCGAGCCAUGGAAACUGAGGUCUUAGAGACACGAGUAAUGGAGAGAAGAGGAAUGGAGACCUGUGCAUUGGAAACCAGAGGAAUGGAAGCAAGAGGCAUGGAUGCAAGAGGAAUGGAGAUGAGAGGCCCCGGCCCCAGUUCGAGAGGCCCUAUGAGCGGCGGAAUCCAGGGUCCUGGUCCCAUCAAUAUUGGGGCAGGUGGUCCUCAGGGACCCAGACAAGUCCCAAGUAUUUCAGGGGUGGGAAAUCCUGGAGCUGGCAUGCAGGGGGCAGGUAUGCAAGGUGCUAGCAUGCAGGGGGCAGGUAUGCAAGGCGCUGGCAUGCAGGGGGCAGGUAUGCAAGGAGCUGGUAUGCAGGGAGCAGGUAUGCAAGGAGCUGGCAUUCAAGGGCCAGGCAAGCAAGGUGGAGGCCAGGCUAGCAGUUUUAGUCCUGGGCAGAGCCAAGUAACUCCACAGGAUCAAGAAAAGGCAGCUUUGAUCAUGCAGGUUCUGCAACUGACUGCAGAUCAAAUUGCCAUGCUGCCUCCUGAGCAAAGGCAGAGUAUCUUGAUUUUAAAGGAGCAAAUCCAGAAAUCCACUGGAGCUUCUUGAAAGAUUUUUAGAACAUAUUUGGCAGUAAUCCCAGAAAAGUUUUCUGUAAUAUAGAGAAUGGGUGGGUGCAAAAAGCUGACUUCUGCAUCCCCUCACUUGAAUGAUUAGGGUUUCCUUCCUCCCGGACCCUAAUCUCAUCCCUUGUUUCUUUCUUUCUCUUUUUUUCUUUUUUCCUUUUUGUAAUUGUGGGAUAGGGGGAGGUGGGAGUGGGUCUAUUCACUUCAAUUCAUUGUAAAUACACAAAAAUAACUAAACAUGGUUAUAUUAUACCAAUAAGAUUACAAAGAAUAUACAGCAUUAUUGAAAAAUGUCUACAAUGUGUUAACUACAUUUUUAAAAUUCUUAGUAAAACAAUGUGAAAACUGCACAUAAAGAUAAAAAGAUAAUCUGUUAAAAUGUUAAUGUACUAAGAUAGUUUAAGAUGUUUAGUUGUAUAAGAAAAUGAAGUUUACCUCAAAAUUACAAGAUAAUAUUUUUUGUUAAGCCAUUUAAAAUACAAAAUCCUAUUUUGGGGUCAACAGAAUGCUGUAUUAGGUUAAGCAUUGUUUCAGUGUUUGGCAUUACUUCAGAACAUUAGAGCUAACCAGCUGAGUCUCAUCUUGUGGUAUUGGAAUUGUUUUUUCUGAAGCUGUGCUACCUGAAAAAUCAAAGAGUGCAUCUGGUGUGGUAUUUCAUUUAUCCCACCCUUUGAGCAAUAUUUUGGCCAGGCCCUGGGCUUGAUGAUUUUGCUGGGACAGUUCUAGGGUCAACAAGUUAUUUAAUUCUGCUCUGAUGAGACUCUGUAUCUCUCAGUACCUUCCUAUUUCUCAGUCUUUUAAGGUCUAAAUGUGAAUCUGAAUAAUUCUCUCACAUCCUUCCCCAAAACUGGAGUCUAGGGACCAGUUGUUCUGGAUGAAUUAUACACAACAUUGGGCUUUUCAUAAAUAGUGGGGGACUUCAUGCAGUGUUAGUUUCCUGGUAACUAGCUUCCAUACACAGAUGGUAUCCAUCUGGUCAGCCAGAAUCAGGAGUUAAAAUCUUAGUCUCAGCAACAUUAAAAUGCCUUUUGGUUUUCUUCUUUCAAAAAUCUACUUUUUUGUCACCAUCUUAACAGAAUAAUUGAGGCCCAGAUAGGUAGAGAUACUCUUAAAGCCUGAACUGUGCUGAGUUGGUUAUUACUCACUUUUCUUUUACAAGUAAUAAAGCUUUUUAGUCCUAAUAUGCAUACCUAUGAGACAUUUAAAAAUGUGUAGGAAGGUGGGGCUUAUCACAGUUCCUUCAGAGCUACUGCUUCAUUUGUUCUUAGGCCUAGAGGAUAUGGAGACUUAAAAAUUUGUAUGAUAGAACAAGUAGUAAUUAAUAGAAGUAUAAAUACCCAGAUAACCAGGUGAUAUUGACUCUGGAGAAGAAAUAAUAUCUAGUUAAGAGGGGAAAAAAAGCUGAGACUUAGAAAUUGAAUUAUUUUCCUUUUGUCAAGUUUUUACAUCUUAAGUGGAUAAUGCACUCUUUUUAUGAAGUUUUCUUCCCUAGGAUGUUUCCUGCAACCUCUUUUACUCCUGUUUUAUUGUUGUUCACACUGUUAACUUCCCAUGUUUUCUACAUGCUUCUCCUCUGGAGGGGUUAACUCUUAACCUGUGUGUAAUCGUUCUGGUUAAUACUAAUUCAGAGUUGGCUUGAUUGCUUUGAAAUUGUAGUUGUUUUAUCCCAAAGCUUUCACUGAAAGGCUCUAACUGAAAACUAUUCAAUGUUACACUGUUUGUUGUAGUCACAUCUCUGCAUUGUUUGAUGCAGACUAAAUAAAAAGGAUAUAAAAUUAA